AAACCUUUCAUCUAUCCCCUCCCUCCUUUUGUGUGCACCUUUCUCCCCUGAUAUCUCUUCAAUUAACAUUCCUCUCCUUUUGAAAUUUCCCAACACAAAUUACUUAGCAGCAAACUUCUCCUUUUCCUUUUUCCUCAAAAAAUUUUUUUUUUUCCAGGAUUGAAGAGAACUUAAGUUGGAAGAAGAGAUGUUCGAAUGGUUACAAGCUGCAAUAGUGGCAGCAUGUAUAGUAGCUUUUGUGUUGAUAAUUGUGAUCAUCAAGAGAUGUUUCUGUUCCAAUAGAAAGCGUAGAGAAAUUCUUGGCGGAAAUGAAGAAACAGUGCCUCAGAGGUUGGAAUCAGGAACAGCAAAACUUCACCAUGUGAGUCUUCAUCAUCUUGAUCGAGAUGGAAGCAAGAGAACAAAUUAUUAUGUUUUCCGACGUGGGCUAUCUACAAGACCUUUUUUCAACUGGGCUGAUCAUCCUUCUCUUGUCACCGAUGCUGUUGAAAAUGGAUGGUCAAGAUUUGCUUUUACAACCUUUACACCAUCUCCCUCAGCUCGAUCAACAAGAUCCCUGUUAGGUCCGUGUGCAACUGGGGAUCACGACAGACAAAUGGAGGUGGAAAUCAGUUGGGAAGUUUGCCAAGGAUCAGCUGAUUUUCUGCAGAAAAUUAGACUUAAUUCUGGAUUAAAGAAAAUACCAAAUACGGCCAUCAAUUCUUCAAUGGUGGCUAAAUCUGCGAUCAGAACAGCUUUGCCUUUGCCUGGUCCACCAUUAGGAAAUUCAGCUUUUCCACAGGAAGCCUAUUUUGAAAUCAUAAUUUUACCUUUUGGUGAAGAUCAAAAUGACGUGGUUGGCAAGGCAAAAGGAGGUAGAUUAGACGGGGACAAAAUAAAACUCAUUCAAGAGGAUUUCAACGCAAAAGUCAGUCCUGAGACUUUAAUUAAUUUUCCAAGUGGCCAUGGUAACGGCAAUAGCAAGAUAGAGGAAAUGAAACUUGCAGGAAAACAAGAUGGAAAAACCGGAGCUGCUGUGCUGUCUAUUGGGCUUGCAGGAGGCGGCCCUCUUCCGCUUAAGCUUCCGGGAAGCUAUCCAGGAUCGAUUGGAUUCAAUUCUAAUGGUUCCAUUUUUCUUGAUGGUGUCAAACUUGUGUUCGAGUCUGAAAGGGAAGAAUGGGGAAGAGCAGACACAGUGAUUGGUUGUGGAUACAAUCCUAGCCAGAAAAAGGUUUUCUUCACGGUGGAUUCUCAGCUUGUGCAUGAAAUUCACUGUAAAUCCGAAGAAUUUGGAACUCCACUCUACCCAACAUUGGCAGCAAAUAGUGACAUUACAGUUCUUGUUAAUCUUGGACAAUGUGCCUUCAAAUAUUCACAAGCAAAUCUUCAAAGAACUCCGAAUCCUUGCUUCAUUGGCCCUCUUGCAAAUUCUCCGGUAUUGGGGUAUGAGGACAGCAGAGAGCUCUUUUCAAUGGGGAGAAUAGAUGCUCAGUGGUUAAACAGAAGUACGACAAGAAGCACCAGCACCCCUGGCAACAAUAUGAACAGAGGAGUAGAAUUUGAUGAAGAAUCUGAAGGUGAUUUAUUUGAAAUCGUCUUAGAUAGUUAUGGAAAAUCACCAAUCACGAACACAUCGUAGCGGCACACCCAUGAUUUUUGUCAGCCUUUCUUUGCCUGUUUCUCUUGUAAGCAUGGCAUUGUUGAAGUUGGAACAAGGCAGCCCUGCAGUGUGAAGUUGCUUGCUGAAUCCCUGAUCUUAUUAGAAGCCCAGCGACACUUACAAACUGCGCCUUGCAGAAACCAGGGAGAAAUUUUUGGCUCAAUACUCCUUGGAAACUGAGAUUUUGACUAGUUGUGAAGAUGUUUUGUAAAUAACAGAGUUGGUUAGAUUGUAAAAGUUUCUUGCUUUGGGUACAUAUUUUGGAAGAAUCAAACUUAAAAGAGAUUUGACAAAAUGCAUUUCGUUCGUAUAGGGGAUGGAGAGCUUGCUUUCAUUCUGCCCGUUGAUUGACUUUCAAGAAGCCAGAGUAUUUAAUCUGGGAUAUUAUUAGAACUGUUUACAUCCCUCAA